AUGGUCAGCUGGAUAGGUGCCGUCGAUAGGCAGACCGUAUCUGACCUCACCGGCACCUUGUCAUUCUGCAUCUGGUUGUUCGCUCAAUCACCUCAGCUCUACGAAAACUAUCGCCGCGGCUCAGUCGAGGGCCUCUCCGCCGUCUUUCUCACGCAAUGGAUGCUCGGCGAUGCUACCAACCUCAUCGGAAGCGUUCUCACCCAGCAACUGCCUUUCCAGAUCGCUGUCGCAACCUAUUUCUGCUGCAUAGAUGUCUGCAUCAUGGUGCAGUUCGUCUACUACUGGAGCAAAGCUCGCAAAGAGCGAGCUCGUCUCCUCAAGAACAGAUCCCGCCAGCGAUCCAGCAGUCUCACCUCACCGUACCCUCCCAAUCCCUAUUCGGUGCUGUCCGAGACCAGCGAGCUGCUUGGAAGCAGAUCAAGUCGGCACAAUUCGUUCCUCCGCAGCACGAGCAGGCGUCGCGUCAACCUCUCGCACUCGCAACAGCUCACGCAUCCGAAUCGACACGCAGCACAGCAUGCACAUCCCCAUAAAGAUCCACAUGCUCCAUUGGAACCCCGUGCUUCGACAGAUACGCCUGCCGAUGCGCCACAAAUCGAUCGUCGGCCUCAGCGGCCACGCUACGAAUCGUCACGAUCCAGGUCACGGCACGCACCUCCCAUCAGCAGAAACGGCUCAAGCGACACCGUUUCAGGAGCUGCGAGUGGCUCCGUCGCCAAUUACCGCGCGCUCUCUGACGCUGCCCUGUCGGUAGCUCAGUUGGCUCAAGAGGCAGCAAGACGGAGAGAAGCCAUGCUGCAUCAAGUGCAUGGAGCAGACGAAGAUUACUUUUCGCAUCGAAGAUCGCACUCGUAUCGCAGCAAGUCUCGCGCGUCUUCCUCGCCCAAUCAUUCCCUACCUCCUUCGCGGACGCGAUCAAGAGUCAACAGCAACGAAGUCGAUCUACAGCGGGAUCUCAAGACUGACCUGACCGCCUCAACGCAGUCUUUGAAGGCCGCAGGCGAAACUGCGCCAUCUGCUGCUCGUAGAUCGCGAGCCACCAGAUCCAUGAGCUCUCGUAGGAAAGCGGCUGCAGGCAAUGUCGACUUUGUCCCCUCGGCGUUGAGCCCGACCAGGGAAAGCAAGGACAUCGACGAAUCUGACGCGGCAGCAACAGUAUCAAGGCCAGCAGAAGACGAUGGAGAGACCGAACCCGAAUCGGUCUCUGAAGCCGAGUCUGCAUCGCGGGACGAGGCAGCAGAGGCUGAGAAUCUCAUGAACAGCAUCGACAGCUUGGAGAGCGUCGGAACGGCUUCGAGCAGCGCAUCCGCAGAGCCUAGAGGACGCGAUAUGAUGCGCACAGCGACUCGCAUCGACACGGCCCCUCCCUCCGGCGCAGUGACACCCGUCAUUGCAGGUGAUGCACGUCGUGAUGCGUGUUCACCCUUCUCUGGACACUCUUCCUCGGAUGGAACGGCCAGGCAUGCUUCGCCCCACUCGAAAUCACGAGAUGUCACGGAUCGAAUGUCCCAAUCACUUCACCAGCUGGGCUCGCAUGAAACGACAGCCGUUCCACAAGACUCCGACGAAGAGAUUACUGACAAAUAUACCGCGCUGAACCCGGCAAAGACACGGAAGCGGCGGACGCACGAUUCGACACGAGAGUCUUCACCCGCAGCACCCCUGCACCGCUCGAUCGACACUUUGGUCAAGGAUGGAGGUAGGAAGCGCAGCAUGGUGCGCAGUUCUUCUUCGCGAUCGCACUCGAAACGCAUGGCUUCUAGUGGGUUGAUUGGGCCGUCUUCGUCCACCGGAAAGAAACGUACCGGGACCAAAUCGCCCGCUUCCAUGCGUAGGAGUAUCGGCAUGGUUCUGCUCGGAAUCAUGAUGGUCACGUCGCUACCCUCGUCGACCGUCUCGGCUGCAGCGAUACCGGAUCCCUCGUCCGGCUCGCUUUCGAUGCUAUCGCUGUUCGACGGAGGUGCUACCUGGCGUCGCGUGGUCGGACGUAUAAGCGCAUGGCUGUGCGCGCUGCUCUACAUCACCUCGCGCAUCCCACAGAUCUGGGAAAACCACAUCCGACGCUCCGUAGCGGGCCUUUCCAUCCUCCUCUUCAUAGCCGCUUUCUCGGGAAACCUGCUCUACACGAUCAGCGUAUUGACCAAUCCGUCGGCGCAAGGUGAAGGAUCGAGGAUGUAUCUCCAGGAGAGUUUGCCAUUCUUGCUGGGCAGUGGUGGCACAUUGAUUUUUGAUCUCAUGAUCGUGGGCCAGUGGGCGGCGUGGCGGCACAAAGGCGCUGUUGAGUGA